AUGAAUGUACAACAAAUAUCGUGCAUGGCAGGACGCCUGCCUUCCCUCGAAGUUCAGACCCCGUCCGAGGAUCCAUCGAAGGUCCGCGACGGCAGCCAGGAAUCAAAACCCAAAGUGACCAAAAGUGUUGCUCAAGCGGACGAGGAGCUUCGUGAACGCCUCGAACAGAUGUCUGGUGAGGGUGGGGCCUCUGGUAUCGAAUAUGAGGAUGGCAAACCAACCGCCAUGAAACGGAGUGUUCGCAAUAACAUGUUUCGCUACAUCUGA